AUGAAGAGAUUACUAUCAUUGAAAGUAACCACAAAUUAUAGAACACUACUAUCAACAAACAACAACAACACAAGCACUAACACUAACACUAACACUAAUAUAAAUAACAAUAACAACAACAGUAACAAUUAUUCAACUUCAACAUGUUCUCUAUCUAGAUUAAACAAUGGUGGUUAUGCAAAUAUUAAUAACUAUAGUUUAAAACAACAAUUACAACGACAAGAACAAAAACAACAAUACCAAUUUAGUAAUAGUAGUAGUAGUAGUAGGAGUAGUAAUAAUUGUCGUUUAAUAUCACCACAACAAUCAACAUUAAUUUAUAAAUUGAUUACUACUAGUAGCAGUAGAUUGUUUAAUAGUUUACAACAACAACAAUAUCACAUUAGUAGAUCUAUUUCUUUUUCGUCGAAAUUGUUUAAGCAAUCGUCAUUCUCUGAAAGAUAUAAACCACCAACACACAAAAAACAAGAAUAUGUCUAUCGAGAUACGAACGGAAAUCAAUGGAUCGAUAACUACGAGUAUUUCCGUAAUUUAGAUUGUGGAGAUGUACAACAAUCUAUUGAUUGCGAGAAUCAUUAUGUAGAGCAAUACAGGAAUCACAAGUUGACUGAUCGAGACACUCCCAACCUCACUCAGAAACAAGACCGCUACCGUAGUAUCUCUGAACUAGCGGAUAUUCUUCGUGAGGAGAACGAAUCGACAACCAUAGAGGCACCGGAGAGUUAUAAGGAUUUCGAAGAGGAAAUAGAUGGAUUUCAAUAUUUAACCGAUGAAAGAGGUGUUUAUUAUCGUAGACAGUGUAGUAGCAAUAGUAGUAGUAGUAGUAAUGAUAGACAAGUUAAACAAAUUCUAUUUAAAAAUGGUAUGGACAAUGGUUAUAAAUUGACAACCAACGAUAUUGUAUCAUUUAAGUUUGCAGAGGAUAACUCUACCUAUUUGUAUGUCGCUGACGUUGGACAAGAGAAAUACCAUUGUUUCGUUAGACGUGUUGAACAAUCGUCCUCUACUUUACAAUUCAAUUCAAAGUCACUCGAUCACAUUGAGAAUAUAAUCAGUGCGGAAUGGGCAUUGAACAAUGAUAUCUAUUAUACAAUACCAAAUGAAUUAAAUAGACCAUAUAGAAUAUAUAAAAGACAAAUAGGUAGUAAUCAACCAGAUGAAUUAAUCUAUGAAGAGUUGGAUGAUCAAUACUUUUUAGAUGUAGUUAAAUCAAAAGAUGGUAAAUAUCUAUUCUUUUGUUCAAAUAGUAAAUCAUCUACAUGUGUAUUCUAUAUCGAUUUAUAUGAUAAGAAUAGUAAACCAAAGAUCUGUUUGAAGAGAACUGAUAAUUUAGAAUAUUAUGUUGAACAUAAUAAUGAUCAAUUUAUAAUAUUUGCAAAUUUCGAUAAAAAAGAUUUAUCAAUUUAUAUUGCACCAGAUACAAUUGAGAAUGGAUCGAUCGAUGAUAUCAAGGAAUUACUACCGACUAUUGAUAAUCUAAGUAUUAGAGAUGUCGAUGUAUUCCAAGAUAAACUUGUACUAUGCGAACUGUAUAAUUCAUCACCUAGAAUAAGAGUGAUCUCAAAGAAUCCUCUUACCAAUCAAUUCGAUCCAAAUCAUUCGAAAUCAAUACAAUUCCCAGAGGUAUCUUCAAUUCAAUUAGGUAUUAAUCAAGGUAAAAAUAAAAAACAUAUAAGAGUAUUGGCAUCCUCACCAUUGGUACCAAAUACAUCAUUUGAUAUCGAUCUAUAUGAUGAUACAAUGACAAAGUAUCCUUCACCAACGAUUACCGGUCCUUUAUCAUUGAAUAAGGAUGAUUUUAUUUGUGAAAAAGUAUUUGUAGAAUCUACUAAAACCAAUGGAGUAAAGAUACCAAUGUCACUUCAAUAUUGCUUUAGGAAUCCAAUUCUAAUUAAAGGAUAUGGUGCGUAUGGUACUGUUAUGGAUACUGGUUAUGAUCAAGAGGAUCUGGCAUUGUUGAAACGUGGUUGGGUCGUUGCUACUGCACAUGUAAGAGGUGGAGGUGAACUCGGUCGCAAUUGGUAUGAGAGUGGCAAAAAGAUGAACAAGAAGAAUUCCAUCUAUGAUUUCGUUGAUUGCCUAGAGUAUUUGAUUGCCAGCGGAUUCACAAGUGCACGAUAUCUGGUGGCUCACGGUUCAAGUGCUGGUGGAGUGUUGAUGGGUAAUAUGGCGUUGGCAUAUCCGCAGUAUUUCGGUGCGAUCGUUGCAAAGGUACCGUUUGUCGAUAUGAUAUCGGCAAUGUUGGAUGAAUCGUUGCCAUUGACUACUCAUGAGUUUGGUGAGUGGGGAAAUCCAAGUGACCCAGAUGUUUUCAAUUAUAUAUCAUCUUAUGAUCCUUAUAGAAUAGUUCCUAGUGAAUUGGCUAUUCAAACUGCAGCAAAGAUGAGUGAUAGUGAUAGGGAUGAUAAGCUAAAGACGUUACCGUCGAUGUUGGUUACUUGUUCACUUCAAGAUAUAAGAGUACCUUAUUGGCAACCAUUAAAGUGGGUUGCUAAAUUAAGAGAAUCAAUAAGUAACGGCAGCAACAACAAUAGUAAUAAUAAUAAUAAUAAUAAUAAUCAAAAACAACAAGAGAAUGUAUUACUUUUAAAGGUUGAGGAUCAUGGUCAUUUCGGUUCGAAAAUAAGAAGUGAUUAUAUGGAUGAUCUGUCAUUCGAACAAGCAUUCAUUAUCAACUCUAUUGAUAGAAUUAAAUAA